AUGGCCAUCAACCUUAUGAUGACUGCUGAUCAUGAUGACCGCGUUGUUCCAAGUCAUACGUUGAAGUAUGCGGCUACCUUGUAUGAGAAGGCCAAAAAACACAAACUCCAGACCAAUCCACUUCUAGUACGUGUCGAGGUAAAAGCUGGUCAUGGUAGAGGGAAACCUACUGCCAAAGAAAUAGCUGAAUCUGUUGAUAUAUACAGCUUCCUGCAGAGAGUCCUUAAUAUGGAAUGGGUAGACUGA